AUAUUAUUUGAAUGACACAUCUGAAAAAUAUAUUGUAAGAGUUGUGAGUGUCGCACUUUUAAUUGAAUUAAGUUCAAGCAAAAACAAAAGUUUCGUCGUCGCGUUAAUACGUUUCAUUUUAUUUAUUUAGAGUAUAAAUCUAAACCAAAGCAUAAUAUUAAGUGAAACGAAAAUGAAAUUAUUUCUAUUUGCCCUUUGUGGCUGUUUCUUGGGCGCAGCUGUUAUCUUCGCAUCGCCAAUUAGUGAAUCUAAACCGAAAUUGCUAGGGGCAAAAGAAUGCACCUACGGUCCGUCAUACUGGUGCUCGAACAUCACGAACGCCAAACAUUGUAAUGCCGUCAAACAUUGCAUCCAAACUGUCUGGGAAACUCACACAGUUCCCGAAGACACUGAUUCAAUCUGUAAGAUUUGUUUAGAUAUGGUUGGUCAAGCACGCGAUCAACUUGAAAGCAAUGAGACACAAGAGGAUCUGAAGGCCGUAUUUGAAGGUUCCUGUAAUCUUAUUCCGUUGAAGCCAAUACGCAAAGAAUGCGAUAAGCUGGUUGAUGAUUUCAUUCCGGAAUUGGUUGAGGCCCUUGCUUCACAAAUGAAUCCACAGGCUGUGUGCACCGUUGCCGGAUUGUGCAACAAUGCGGCUAUCGAUAAAAUGUUGGAAGAAACGAGAGACGAGGUCGUAGAGGCUGUUCCGACAUCGACAAAGAAACUUUCAUGCGAACAGUGCAACAGCGUUGACUCGUUGAUUUCACAAAAAUUCCAUGGAAAAAGCCGUGACGACGUGCUCGACUCAUUAUUGGGAGUAUGCGGUAAAUUGUCCUCGUUUUCUGAUGCAUGCGCCAACAUUGUGCUGGUUUAUUUCAACGAGAUUUACAACGAAUUGAACAAGAGCUUCAAUUCUGGUUCUCUAUGCCACAUGGCUGGAGUCUGUGCCGACAAUUAUCAUCAGCACGCGGAAGCGGUCGAAAUUCGUCCCAGGUCGGAUGUUGGAUUUGUUGCUGUCAGUGAUGAUAUUCCGUGCGAAUUGUGCGAACAAUUAGUACGUCAUUUGAGAGAUCUUCUCAUUGCUAACACAACCGAAACGGAAUUCAAGUCAGUCCUAGAAGGUCUUUGCAAACAAACCAAAGGUUUCAAAACCGAAUGUCUGAGCAUAGUUGAUGAAUACUACGACGUCAUCUACAACACCUUGGUGAAAGAUCUAAAUGAGAAAGAGGCUUGCUGCUUAAUGGAAAUCUGUCCGAGAGGAUUAGGAGACUCGUUGACCGGAACCCUGUUCAUGCCACUAUUGCCAGUUGAUUCUGCACAACAAGUCGAGGUAGCAAUUACUGCAAGACCAAAGAAAUUCCUCCUCGGCGAAGGUGAGCCAUCCUUCAGUGCAAAAGAAGUUCAAAGCUUCCAAUUACCCAUUGACACCCUAUUGAUGGCACCGAAUCCAGAGCUGUUGGUCGAAGGUGGUGACUGGUGUCCCAUGUGCGAAUACUUCUUACAUUUCGUUCAGGAGACCAUGGCUUCACCAAAGAAUGAGGAAAAUAUCAAGAAAGCCGUUGCUGAAGCAUGCGACAAAUUGCCGAAAGCGAUUACGGAAACAUGUCACAGUUUCGUUCAAAGUUAUGGUGAUGCGCUGAUCGCCCUUCUGAUCCAAGAAAUCGACCCGAAGGACAUUUGUCCCAGACUGUACAUGUGUCCGAAAAAUUCCGGCGACGUUGAAGUGUUUGCACCCGAACCCAUUGACGUUACUAUUAAUGCCCAGAAUUCCGGUUCCGAAAAAUGUCCAUUGUGUUUGUUCGCUGUUCAGGAGGCAGUGACACUGUUGAAAGACGAUAAAUCGACUGAAAACAUCAAGCGUACAUUGAAGGGAUUGUGCUCACAUUUGACCAAUAAAUUGCAGCCGGAAUGUAAUGACUUCGUUGACACGUACACCGCUGAGCUAUUGAAAAUGUUAGCCGAUGAUUUCACGCCACAACAAAUUUGCGUUUACUUGAAACUGUGCACCGAUUCCAAGCUGACCUUUGUUCCGAUCACAGGCGGAGAUAUUGAGACGAACGAAAUUCCCGAUUACACAUACAAUGGCCAACCCAUCAAAACCAAAGAGGUUGAAUACGUCGCCACACCGAACUGUAUACUGUGCGAACAGAUUGUGAAGGAGAUCGAGAAAAAUAUCCACAACAAAAACUCGAAGGAGGAUAUCAAACGAGCUCUGCAACAUGCUUGUGACAGACUACACAAACUGAAGAACAAGUGCAGCCAAAUCAUCACGAAAUACGGCGAUCAAAUCAUUGAUCUGAUGCUGAAGGAAAUGACACCGAAAGCCAUUUGCAGUGAAUUGGGCAUGUGCUUUGCCGAGGAUAAUUUACUGGUCGACGAGGCGUUGCAAGUAUCCGUUGUAGCAAUUCCAUCGAAAAUUGAACAGGGCACAGCCGUUGGACAAGUGUCCGAUUCGCCGUCGUGUGUGAUUUGUGAAUAUGUAAUGACCCAAUUGGAAACCGAAUUGAAAGACAAAGAAACUCAAACGGAAAUUGAGAACACCGUUCGCAACAUCUGCAAAAAGCUACCGAAAACUGUUAGCGACAAAUGUACCAAAUUUGUCGACGACUAUGGUUCGUUGAUCAUCACUCUGCUUGCAACCAGUCCGCCAAAACAGCUUUGCAUUGAGAUGCAUUUGUGUACCGCUCCGAAGAUCGUCGAGAGCAAAGUUGAAGUGAUUGAAUGUGCCAUAUGCCAUGCAUCGACCCAAACUUUAGCGAAAAUAUUGGACGAUCCAACUUAUGAGCAUGACGUGGAGCAUCUUGUGGAGAAAAUCUGUACAAAAUUACCCGGAAAAUACUACGAUCGAUGCAUCACCCUGGUUGAAUCAUAUGGACAGAGUAUGAUUAACAUUAUAACUAAAGGUGAACUUCAAACAGUUUGUUCACAAAUUGGCAUGUGUUUCCCAGAUGAAUAUCAGUCAUUCGUGCAAAUCGAACACACCGACGCUAAACCAGCGACCGACAAAAAGUCACACUUGUUGGGUGAUUCUAAAUGUACAUAUGGUCCAUCGUACUGGUGUUCUCAUGUCGAUAAUGCCAAAGAUUGUGAUGCAACUAAGUAUUGCGAGACGAAUGGUUGGUUAACCAAUCUGUAAAUUCCAUCAGUGUCUUAAAUAUGGCUCAGUUAUAUUGGCUGAAAUAUUUCUUCUUUUCUUUUUUUAAAUCAAAUAUAUUUAAACGAAAUUAGUGAAAAGAUAAAUCAUUUUCUUCUCUUUUCAUAUAUUUUUCGUACAUUUUUAUGGUCUUUUUUUUAAAUUAAUUUUUUUUUUCGUUCCGUUUCCAUUAAACUGUUGUGUAAAGUGAAUAAUAUUGUAGAAGUAGGAAAUCUUAACUAUAAUAAAAAUGAAUGACUAAAGAUGAUAGAUAACAUCAAAAUGAAUUAUUUUGAUGUUGAAGACAAUGGCUGUUUCAAUAAAGUUUUUUUUUAAA